AUGCGUCCAACUGGGUUCUUCUUCUGGUUGUUUUUUGUAGCUGCCAAUUCCAAGCUGUUUAGAGAGUAUAUCGGGGCAACGUCCAGCUCGAUCAAGCUCUCAGAUGUGCCUAUAGAUUCUAAGGUCGAAUUCCAUUUUAUUCUUUCAUUUGCAGUCGACUACACAACCGUUGGAAAUCCAUCACCGACCAAUGGAAAGUUCAAUGCGAUUUGGGCAUCCAGCCACGUGAGCCCUGAAGAUAUUGCAUCAAUAAAAGACAGGCAUUCUAAUGUCAAGGUAGCUGUUAGCUUGGGGGGAGAUAGUGUUCGGAGAGAAAAGGCAUUGUUUGCACCAAAAUCUAUAGAUUCUUGGGUCCAAAAUGCCAUAUCUUCGCUAACGACUAUGAUCAAACAAUACAACCUAGAUGGAAUCGAUAUUGACUAUGAGCACUUCAGGUCAGAUUCUCAUACAUUUGCCGAGUGCAUAGGAAGGCUGAUAACGUCACUAAAGAAAAGUGGGACCAUAUCAUUUGCUUCGAUUGCACCUUAUGAAGAUGGUGAGGUCCAAAGCCAUUACUUGGCCUUGUGGAAAAAAUAUGGGCAUGCAAUAGAUCAUGUAAAUUUCCAAUUUUAUGCCUAUCAGAAACUAAGCGUGUCACAAUUUGUCAAGCAUUUUGAUGAACAAGCUUCCAAUUAUGGAGGAGGUCAAAUUUUGGCUAGCUUCAGCACUGAUGAUGAUAGUGAUAAAGGGGGUUUGAGCCCUGAUGAUGGAUUUUUUGAAGCUUGCAAGGAACUAAAGGAGAAGAAGGCUUUGGGAGGUAUUUUUAUUUGGUCUGCUGAUAAUUCGAAGAAGCGUAGAUUUGAAGGUGAAAAAAAUUCUCAACUUCUUUUGUCCGGUUGA